GGUGGAGAGGAGAAGAUGGCGGCGCGUGGAGGUUUUCAGUCCGGGGCGCCUGGAGCUGGAGGAGCCGGCGGAGGAGCAGGUGGAGGCGGCGGCGGUGGAGCUGGAGGAGGGGGUGGAGGAAUGGGACCUGGACCACCAGUACCGGGCGCUGGGCCGGGCAUGGGCCCAGGCACGCCGACAGGGAGGAUGGGACCCGCAGGCGCGCAGAAUCACCUGUACCGCUCCCCGAUGGCGGGGCCCGGUUACCCGAGACCAGGGAUGCCGCCUGCUAAUCGUAUGACCCCUCAGGGCCCGUCCAUGGGGCCUCCAGGUUACGGUGCCAGCCCCGUGUCCCGCCCGGGCAUGCCGGUCAUGGAUCCCUCCCGCAAGAGACCCGCCCCAGCACAGAUCCAGCAGGUCCAGCAGCAGAACCGCAACCAACAUGCCAAGAAGAAGAAGAUGGCUGAUAAAAUUCUACCUCAGAGAAUCAGAGAGCUGGUCCCGGAGUCUCAGGCUUAUAUGGAUCUGUUGGCGUUUGAGAGGAAGUUGGAUCAGACCAUUAUGCGGAAGAGACUCGACAUCCAGGAGGCGCUAAAGAGACCCAUCAAGCAAAAGCGAAAGCUGCGCAUUUUUAUCUCCAACACUUUCAACCCUGCCAAGCCUGACGCUGAGGACGGUGAGGGGACUGUAGCAUCGUGGGAGCUGCGGGUGGAGGGCAGGCUGUUGGAGGAUACUGCUGUCUCCAAAUACGAGGCGACCAAGCAGAAGAGGAAGUUCUCCUCGUUCUUCAAGUCUUUAGUGAUCGAGUUGGAUAAAGAUCUUUAUGGGCCGGACAAUCAUUUGGUAGAGUGGCACAGAACACCCACUACUCAGGAGACCGAUGGCUUCCAGGUGAAACGGCCGGGAGACGUGGGCGUGCGCUGUACCGUCCUCCUCAUGCUCGACUACCAGCCUCCUCAGUUUAAGCUGGACCCCAGGCUGGCCCGCAUGUUGGGCAUCCACACCCAGACCCGGCCGGUCAUCAUCCAGGCUCUGUGGCAGUAUGUAAAGACCCACAAACUACAGGACCCCCACGAGCGCGAGUUCAUCAACUGUGACAAGUACCUCCAGCAGAUCUUUGAGACCCAGAGGAUGAAGUUCUCUGAGAUCCCUCAGCGUCUGCACGCUCUACUGAUGCCUCCUGAGCCCAUCAUCAUUAACCAUGUGAUCAGCGUGGACCCGAAUGAUCAGAAGAAGACGGCCUGCUAUGAUAUAGAUGUGGAGGUGGACGACACCCUGAAGACCCAGAUGAACUCCUUCCUGCUGUCCACCGCCAGUCAGCAGGAGAUCGCAGGCUUAGAUAACAAGAUCCACGAGACCAUCGAAACCAUCAACCAGCUGAAGACCCAGCGGGAGUUCAUGCUGAGCUUCGCCCGCGAUCCUCAAGGGUUCAUCAAUGACUGGCUGCAGUCGCAGUGCAGAGACCUGAAGACGAUGACCGAUGUGGUUGGAAACCCAGAAGAAGAGAGAAGAGCUGAGUUCUACUUCCAACCGUGGGCUCAAGAAGCUGUGUGUCGCUACUUCUACUCCAAGGUCCAGCAGAGAAGACAGGAGCUGGAGCAGGCCUUGGGCAUCAGGAACACUUAAGCAGAAACAGGAGGACCAAAGGCAGAAGAGGCUGCUGGGUAGUGGUGUUUGUUCCAGUGCUGAUAAACUGGGCUGCUGUCUCCCAGUUACUCCAGUUACUAAUCAGACACACAGACGUUUAUAAAAGGUUUAUUAGCCUGUAUUCUUAGUGUAGCAGGUAGGAGGGCAUGCUAGCUCUUCUCCAGCUGUUUAAGGAUGUUCUGAUGUUCUGACUGAUAUGAUUUGGUGCCCCUUUAUUACCUUAAACUCUUUGAAUAUGUUGGCCUAAUUCUCUAAAAAUCGUAAAAAUUCACCUUUUAGAAAAAGAGAGUUAAAGCUGUAUCCUCCUCCUGUGUUGAGCUGCUUUAAUCACUUUUUUGUAAAUGCAGUUACAACAGCUACAGUGUAUAGAAAAAUGGGAAUAAGAUACGAAAAUAAAAUGAUAUAAUAAAGUGUUAGAGGAGAUAAUUGAUAAUUGUUGCUAAAUUGGGCAGUUUUGGAGAAACUGAAUGCAGAAGCACACAUUUUCAAGCAAGGACAGUUUUAGCCAGAAGCCGCCGGUCGUGAUCAUUGUGUGUUACCUCAGUACUCAAAGCCUCGAUUUCCUCUAGUAACAUAAGAACGUUGGAUGAGGUUUGUUAAAAAUAAAAGCUGAUUUAUACUACUACGUCGAGUUUACUACGCAAAGCCUGCGCUGUAUUUUGCGCAAGUGUCCUACAACAUAGAUACACAUCGAAGGAUCUGUUUGGUUAUAAAAACUCUGCCAGUUAAAAUAGUUCCAAUACUGCUCUGUUUGUUUGUAGCUGCGCUGUUUGGUUUGUAAGCACUGCAUCGUUGCUAUAGGUUACCUGUAUGUGGCGGAGUAAUACAUGGAGAGCUUCGGUUACAGUGCAUUACCGGCUGGUAGCGGUACUCAUAGAACGCUUUUCAGCCAAUCACAUUGCAGGGUCUGAACUAACUGUGGUAUAAUGUAUAGUUACGGUUCUAUGGCGUAGGACACUGUGUAGAUUAUACGGUUAUGGCAGUAAUUUGACGUAGAAGCAUACGUCAGCUUUAGGCCUCCACUAAAAAUAUUUUUUUCUUAUUUUCUUAUUAUUUUUAUCCCUUAUAUAACUGACAUUUCCGUUACUAUAUAUUGUACCACCGUUUGUGUUUCCUAAUUCCUAAUUUUUUGCUAACAGGUGCUGCAUAGAUUUUAGUACGUUUCCAAACUGUUUGCCUGAAGAAAGUAACAACAACACAACAGGAAACUCUCUGUGGGGCCAUUUAUUCACUUUUAGGUUUUUGCAGAGAAUAGAUAUUCGUCUUCUUGAAUAUGAUGGAGUAUAUUAAGAUUAGGUAGCUGUAGAUUUAAUAAAGGAAGUAGUUUAUAGUACCUCAACGCUACAAAGCUAAUGAAAGCUAUGAAAUUGUAAGCGGACGCUUUAGAGCUAGUCGAUUGGCAUUAAUUAAUCAAUCAAUUUAUUAAUUAAUUAAUCAAUCAAUGCUACAUUGGUCAAUUUAGAAACCACACUACUACUACGUUUGCUCUCUACAUCGUGGUCCAUCAUGCUCAGGUAAUUUGCACCACAAACUUAUUUUUCUUUUCUUUUUUAGUUUUCUAUCUAAAUAAUUAAUUUCACACUCCUUUUACAUGAAGGACAGUCGAGCCCUGUGAUUGGUUAAUUGCAGAGUGGUCAUUCUCAGGCCCUUCCUGAGAAGAAUGAAAGAAUUGAAGGUGGUUCUGGGUUCAGACUGAAGUGUUUCAGUGCUUUUAUCAUUGUGUGCAGCGUUGCUUCUUUAUUUGACCAGCGUAAGAAAAAUAACAUUUAAAGCUCUAAAUUUCUUUUUUCUUUUUUUUGUUUUGUUUUGUAUUCUUUUAUGGACCAAAUUUGUUUGAAAUUGUCGACCCUUACAAUAAAGACUAUCUUGUAUUGAUGGA